GCCAGACUCCCGUAUUGCCUCCUAACGAUACCUGCUCUUCUCUCUCACCCUCUCCUCUCCCCCGGACCAAGCCCGCAGACCAGUAACCAUUAUCUCUAAAUGUCGACAGAUAGCAUGGAGCCCCGGAUCAUACCCUAUCAGUUGCCGCCUGGUAUGGAGAUUGCCAUCCCGCCAGGGGGCGAGCUGCCUCCUCAACAACCGAUGGGCACAUAUGGGAAGAAGCCGCUUCCACCGCUGCCUCCUUUACAACCAGGCCUACGCCGUCAGCUUUCGGCCUUCUCAUUCGUCUCGGCCAUGUCGGGUGCAUCAAAAACGACGACAAGAGAUUCAUCGAGAUCACGAAGCCGCGAGGGGGCAACGCCGUCGCCCUCGCCGUCACCCCUGGAAAACGACGAAAUUAAGCAACUGGAGGACGACAUCAACGAAAUCCUCGCUCAGCACACACCGACGCCCACCCCACGGAGACUGUCGGAAAACCGAAGCUGCUCGCCCUACAACCGUCGGCCAGAGUCCAAGGUUAGGAGCUUCGCCGCUCGGCGCCUGUCAACUCCUAUAACGAGUUACUGCACCCUUCACCAGUCAUCCGUCAAGAUAAAACAGAUAACUGGGCUCGACCUCGAGUACAACGACUUCAAGAAAGCCCCACCCCGGCCGCCGCGAUCACCCAUAGCCCCAGACAUGGCGAUCCCCGCGACCCCCGACAACUCCGGCAGCGUCCACAGCGCAGAGAAGCCGACUUCGGCAUCGGAACCGGCUCGGACGCUGAACAUGAUUGAUGAUGACGACAACGACGAUGACGAGUCGGAUGCGGAGAGUGUCGAAUGGGACUUCAGCCCCACCGCACGGAGGCGCAUCCCGUCGUGGAUACCGGCGUCGCCGGUGCCACCCCGGGUCGAGAUUUCUGACUUUGACCAAGCAAGCCCACGCCGUCGCGACUCGGAAAUCGGACCACUGAGAUCACCGGGCAUGCACCAUUUCGAAACGCUCCCUGCCCGACGGAAUAACCACAUGGAGGUUAGCUACGUGGGGGCCAAGGACCUGUACCAUGCAACGGCGACAUCGAUCGCAAACUCGACCCAGAAGAGGUUGGCAAUAGCACAAGCUAGCGUCGAUGCAACACAAGAUUCGGGCCUGUCGCCCAAGACCAAGAUGAGCUUCGCGGCCAAGGUGCUCCAGUCCGGCAGGAAGCGGCCGCCCAUGGGCAUCAACACCAUGCCGCAGUCGCCGUUGUCCCUGGUCGCCUCGACAAGCUCCAGCACGAGCAAGCAGUCGCCGGAAUCGGGACGCCCGGACAUGCACGCUCACUCGAUGGACGACGACCGUAUGCGGGUCAAGUACUCGGACACGCUGUUUCGCGUCUUCGGGCGGAGCGGCGAGCACCGGAGAGCGGCCUCGGCGGACGACACGGCGCCCGUCGACGCGUCGCCUCUGCCGACUCUUUCGGAAGCCGGCAGCGUGGCAUCUACCCUGGCGGUUCCGGACUCGCCCCCGAGCAAGAUAGGCAGCCGGCUAUCGGUGCAGGUUAUAGCGGCGCAGUUCAAGAAGACGGCUAGCUCAAUGGUGCUAUCAAAGGACGAGCGGCGGAGGGAGACUCUCAGACAGAGCAUCCGGGUGAUACCGGAGGGGAGCUCGCCUUAGCACGCAGAAGCGUAGCGCAUAGACGGCGUCGGCGUAGCGUUUGGAACGGAAAGGGGCCUGCGGGUGUAGGUGAUGCACAUUGCUUGGCACUUCUGUGUGGGAUGCAUCCUCCUCGCCCGAUGCUUGGGAUGGAGCGUAUAUGGAAGGGUAACACAUACUUGAAGGAGGUGGUAUCACCUCUGCGUUUGUGCAGUUUAGCGUUGUUUGUGGUAUCAUGAGAGGGAGGGGCGUUUGAGAGGGAUUAUGGGAAGCGUCGUCUUUUUGGUUCGGUAUCGGAAGGAGGAAGCCUGCGUGCUGCGGAUCCUGACGACCCAGAACAAGAACGAAUAAGGUAAUGACGGAUAUAGGCUAGAGAAGAAAGGUUUAUUUGAACACCUUACCACUGAGUACAUUGACUACCUAGGUACACGAAUAAUUAGAGUAAAAAAGAAGAGACAUCUGUUGAUACAAACUUGAGAGUCCGAAAGCGCCCGAAAGUCG